AUGAGCAAUUCCAACACCAAUUUGCUUGGCACAACACACCGGUCCAGCACAGGGGAUUUGAGUACGGAUAGCUUCGCCCACUCUAUGGACAGUAGUGUGGCAAGCAACGUCUCCUUUGGGAAAAUUGAAAUCCGCGAAUAUGGCAUGGUUCUAGGAGACAAUCCUUCUACUUCGUCAGGCCCUUCGGUGGAACUGGAUUGGGAAACCCAGUCCAAGUUCACCAUUGAUACUGUUGACCAAUAUGAAUCCAUGAAACCUCGUCGACGGGAAAUGAAACAACUCGCCAUGCCAUCCGAGUUUCGAAUGCAGCUAUUGGUUAACAGUGGCUAUUCGUUGCGGGAGAUCCGAACCACAAUCGACGACAGGAACUCGCUCAGGAGGAAGACCGAAUUUUCCAACAAGGUGUCAAAUCUGUUUUCAAGAAAGUGA